AAUGCGCCGAACCGUACGUCACGGAUAUGACGUCAUGUCUUCACAGUAGACGUUGACAUCAGGUUUUGGGAUUUGUAAUGUGGAAGAAGUACAACAAAAUUGCGGGAGGAGGCGCCACUAUGCCAACCAAUGCCGUCCAGACGGCGAAACGUUCCGUGAGCGGCGACCACGACGACCUAGAUGAAUCCCAGCUCGAGCAGGAGCUGUGUCGUCUGCAGCGCCAGUUGCACGCGAUGGAGGGUGACAGACGCGCCUAUAGCGAGGAGACGUGCAAUCUCCUACGAAAACAAAAGUCAGAAAUCGCGAGUCUCAAGAAGGAAAAUGAGGAGAUCGGCAAAGUAUUACGACUGGCCAAGAGCGACCGGAACGUGAGCGCGGAUGGGCGGGACAUCGAGAAGCUGCUCACUUUGAUUGACCAGCUGGACGAAUACAAAACGAAGUGUGUGCGGGAGGAGCGAGAAAUCAAGCAACUUGACAGCGAGAUUGCGCGGGUUCAAGACAUGAUCAACGAGGAGCAGAAGUUGAUGGGAAGCGUGACAGAGGAGACCGCGUCUAUCAUCGUGUCAAAGCGAUUGCGUAUCACAGAGAACAGGCUCAACCAGGAGUUGAUGAAGUUCAACAACCAGCUGGCGACGAACGCGCGACUCCGCGAGGAGCUGGAUCAUCUGCGCCAGGAGAAGGCGGUGUUUGACUCCCUGCACAAGCGGCUCACAAAGCGGCUUGAGGAUACUAAGCACCAGAUCAGCGACUGCAUCGCGCAGGCGUCAAGCGCAUACGAGGAACGCGACGAGGCGCAGACGAAAAUGAUCGCGCUAAAGGAACGUUCAGACAAGGACAUGGCACAACAGGAAAUGGAGAUGAAGGAGCUGCUGCGCAUCAUCAAGCACGACGACAUGCUCAAGGAGUUCAUGGGCGUCAAGGCGCAGGACCGACACGACUUCCGGGAGGAGGAAUCAGCCAAGAGGCUCAAGGGGAAAGACACGGCCGACCACGAGACGGACGUCGAGAAGCAGACUAUCCGGCAGCUGGAGAAGGCAUUCGAACGCGUGACCGACGCCACCGGCGAGAGCGACAUCACCACCAUUGUCAACAACUUCAUUCGCAAGGAGGACGAGAACUUUGCGCUCUAUAAUUAUGUGAACGAGCUUAACGACGCAUUGGAGGCGAUACAGGAGGAGACCGCUAAUACCCAGGAGGAAAUCAAGCGAUUCCAUGACGAAAACAUCAAGAGCGAGGAUAACAGACGAAAAAUGAUCAGAGAAAUGGAGUUGGAGGCAGAACGCUUCGUGCGCGAGGCGGACGACGCCGAGCAACAGAACACUGUCGUCUGCAAGGUCCUCGACGAGAUGCGAGUUGGCGUGGAAAAACUGUUUAAGGAGGCGGACUGCGACUCAAGCACGAUCUCGGACAUGCUGGGCAGCGACGAGGGCGUCACGAACAAGAAUAUAUUGCAGUACAUGGGCAUCAUCGAGCAGCGCACCAUGGAGCUGCUUAAGCUGCAGCAGUAUAUUCAGAUGCAGAAGGAGCCGCCGAAGACGGAAAGGAAGGACAGCAAAGGCCAGCCUGCCACCACCCCGUCCCAGCAGAAUAAGAAGAGCCCCAGGCAAUCACUGGUGGUUAUUGCCCCGCCAAAUCCAAACGAGGAAGAUGAGCUUACGGCCGACGGCGAGUUACGUCCCCUGACGCGGGACGAGCUGAAGCGUCUGGUGAUGCACAACCUCACGGUACGGCCGCCCCCAAGCGUCGACGCUCGCAAGAAGUCGCCGCCUAAACGCAACAAGACCAGUCCGCGGCCGUCGAAACCCGCACAGUUACUGUAAUACCACCUGCAUGAAUAAAUGACAAUACAGAAACUUUAGUUUUGAAAAUGUUUAAAAAAAAUAGAUUUUUUUUUACUCUUGUAUUUCAGUAAGUGUACAUUUAUAUUGAAAAUAAAUUAAAAGUAUGAAUGUUGGCAUUAAUAGUAAAAUUAAAAGUGAUGAAAUUCAA